AUGACAACCACUGGAAAUAUAUCGAAUAUUACAGAUGUAUCUUCAUAUUUAAGCGAUAUUAGUUUUUUGGGUUAUCAUAGUUUAUUUAUGGUUAUUCUUGGUUCAAUAUUCAAGGUAUUAACAUUCAUUGUCUUAUGUAGAUCAGCAUUUCGUAAUACAAAAAUACGUCCAAUAAUACAUUAUAUGCGUGCAUUAGCAUUAAUUGAUUUUCUCGGAUUAUAUGGAUGGAAUCUUGACAAUUAUUUCGGUCUUAUACAAGGUUUUACAUUAUAUUCAUCAUAUACAGUUAUAUCAUGUAAGAUUUUUUCAUUUCUUAAUUAUUUUACAACUCAAGUAUCGGCAUGGUUACAUGUUUUUAUUUGUUUUGAUCGAUAUUUGUUUUUAAGUCGUACGCAACCGAAUACAUGGUUUAAUCGAUCAAAAAGUGUUCUAAUUAUCAUUAGUACUAUUAUUGGAAUUUUUAUUCUUUUUAAUUUACAUUUUCUCAUAUUUGUUUGUUAUGAAGAUGAGAAUGAUCAAGUUAAUAUGGAUUCAAAAUUCUAUCAAGUUUAUCCAUUAUAUAGUAUAAUACAUAUGUUUAUUUAUAGCAUUAUCCCAUUUAUACUGAUGAUGAUAUUCAGUAGUAUUUCGUUAUAUUAUCUAAGUAAAGUACGACAAACAACUACAAUACAAAAUUCGAAAAUUCCACAUCGAUCUAUAUCAAUAACACUUAUAAGUACUAGUCUUGUUUUUAUUAUAGUACGUACACCAACAUCAAUUUGUUAUGGAUUCUUUUAUGAUAAUCUUUCUGAAACUCUUUUGGGUCGUCGUAUCAUAAAUGUUUUUGAUUCGCUUUUAUAUACAUCUCCUAUCUUAGAUUUUCCUCUUUAUCUAAUUACAUUUAGUGAAUUUCGUCGUGAAUUUAUUCGUUUAUUCAGACGAAACCGAACUGUUUUGUCAAUCGUCACACAAAAUACACAACAUUUAUAG